AGGCUAGGAUCGAUGUAAUUUUUCUCUUAAAACAAAGGCUAAAUCUUAAAUCACCUAUUGUAGACCGGCACUAAAAUGUCAUUAAUUAGGGAGAGAAUAUUUUCUAUUGGAUCAAACUGUGUGUCAUACGUACAUACACGGACGCAGUAUGAAUCUUCCAUUAUACGGCGCAGUGACAAGUGACAGUGACAGAUGGAGAUAAAUCUGGACAAGUCAUUUCAUGAAUCUGUAAAAUCUUCUAUAUGCGCGAAAAAUAUCCGGAUUAAUUUGAUAAAAAUUUAAUUCACUGAUUAUUUUUUUUUGGAAUGUGUGGAAAGUAGAUAUUCUAUUUACACAUACUUUUCUUCACUCUAUAUGUAUGUGUCUAUUACGUAAUAAAAAAAGAUUCAAAAAAGUAUCGGCAUAUGCUUAACCUUGCGAGUUAAGAAAAUGAAUAUGUAUGAAGUGACAAACAAAAAAAUUCGCUGUCGAAAGAUGUAAUUUGAUUCGUGAAAGAGUACACUUUAUCGCGUCUUCAUUCGUGAUUGAUAAUCAAAUACGUAGCCUGAUCUUUGUAGCGUGUAUACGUGCAUACAUGAAUAGAACGAAGCGACGAAACGUUUGAAAAUAUUUCUACGUAGAUAUGGCUGGAACGAAAUCCAAAAAACCCAGUGCUCUCUCGAAACUUUAUCUGGCAUCGUAUAAUCUCGGACAGACUUUGGGAUGGAGCUACAUAUUGUAUCUAAUUAUACAAUAUUACAUCAAUCCUUUUCAUAACACCUUGUGGGAUAAAACACAGUUACCUGUAAUUAUUUUUCAGAAUGCAGCUGCGUUAGAGAUAAUACACGCAGCAAUUGGCCUGGUACCUUCCAAUGUUAUAACCACAACAAUCCAAGUUUGGAGCCGUAUGAUGGUUGUGGUCGGAGUUAUCUUAGCUACUCCUGAUACAUAUGCUGCUGCAUCUCCAGGACUUCCGCUAGCUCUCAUUGCAUGGUCUAUCACAGAAAUCAUUAGAUACUUCUAUUACUUUACGAAUCUUAUUGGUAUUACGCCACAUAUAUUGGUCUGGCUCAGGUAUACCUCAUUUAUUAUACUGUAUCCGAUUGGGGUAACUGGUGAAUUAUUAUGUUUCUAUGCUGCUAUACAAUAUUCUAACGCUAAUCCUGACUCAUGGAGUUACAUUUUACCAAACAAAUGGAAUUUCACAUUUAGCUAUCUAUAUGUCCUGAUAGGAGUUAUGUUAGCUUACAUACCACUUUUCCCUCAUCUUUAUCUGCAUAUGUUUACACAAAGACGAAAAAUGCUCAAUCCUAAUGUAUCUGCUAAGAAGGCUCAUUAGCUAUGAAAUUUAUAUAUAAAAAAAUAAAAUAAAAUAUAAAAAUUUGCUAUAUGUAUAUGUAUAUAAAUA